GUGGGUUGGCGCAUGCGCGUUAGUAAAACCAGUUGGCGGGAAAACCGCGCCAUGUUCCCUUCUUGAUGUUCGCUUCUUGAUGUUCGCUUCUUGAUGUUCGCUUCUUUGUUUUGUGAUGGAUCCAGCUUACGGAGACGAUCUAUGGGCGGGAGGAUUUUCUAGCGAGGAAGAGGAUGAGAAUGGAGGGAAGAAGUCGAACGAAGAUCUUGACCUGCUGGCCAGUUUGGUAGAGGAGAGGGAAGGGGAAGGGGAAGGUGGGAGGGAGAGGGGUGGGGAGGGAGAAACGUUUGAGGAAGCUCUGACUAAGCCAGACGAUGUCUCACUCAUGAGAACUAAGAUGGAGGCUAUGGAGAAAGAACUGUUGAAACUCAGACAACAAGUAGCUGAAUCAUCGCCGACUAGCCACACCCACCAAAACAGACCACACCCACAGAGCCAAGCCAUGCCAAAGAAAUCUCCGCCCACUUUGAAGAAAACCUCGUCGGUUGCCAAGGCGACAAAGCCGGCUAAAACAGCAAAGCGGGCGGAUGGACUGAGUGAGAGUGGGGCAGCUGUGGGGGAGAGGGGUGUGGCAGAGAAGGUGGUUGCUCAGAGGAAGGCUGAGAGGGAGCAGAACAUCGUGGCUGACACCUUCUCUGGACUCAGGAUAAAGAACCCUCUGGUGUCCAGUGAGCUGAUGCAGAAGAGGAUGCAGGGACGGAAGAUGAUAAAAAUCCCAAACAUCUUGUCUCGUGUGAGGAGUUCCGACGACAUCACGGGGGACUGGGUGACUAUGGGGGUCGUGGUGGACAAACUGCCCCCCAGGGACUCUGCCAAGGGGAACAAGUAUGCCGUGUGGAAGUUGUCCGACUUGUCGAGCCAGUCGUCCGUCGUCUCGCUGUUCCUCUUUGGGAAGGCGUACCAGGAGCACUGGAAGAUGGUCCAGAGUAGUGUGGUGGCACUGCUCAACCCAACCGUCAUGCCAAACAGAGAGACUGGGGCAGUGGACACCAGCUCAAAGCAGCUGGCCCUCUCUCUGGACAAUCCUCAGAAACUAAUGCCGCUCGGCAUCUCCCAGGAUUUCACCGUCUGCCGUGCCACCACCAAAGCCGGUCGCAAGUGCACCAACUUUGCCAAGGCCUCGGACGGAGGGUUCUGUGACUACCACAUCCAGGGAGCCUACAAGAAGAUGAGGACUGGGAGAAUGGACUGCCAAGGAGGGUACGGACCGUCCACUGCCAACAUUCGUGGGAGACUCUUCAAAGAUUCAAAGACUGAUGUCUUCUACUAUGGAGGGAAGAGUUACACGUCUGGAGGAGGGGGGGUGUCCUCGGGGAGGGGGGCAGGAGGGGAGGAGGGAGGGGGGCAGGACAAGAGGCUGUUUGCCAGAGGAGCGAGAGAGAGUCUGGUGGAGAUAUCGCAGGAGGUGGCUGGCAGGAGGUCGGAGGGUUCAGCCGGAGCAGUGAGGCCAGGGAAGAGUGUCACCAUCUCUGACGGAGGAAAUAUCUUUCAGGAGAUGUUGAGAAGCCAGAGACCUGGAGCCAUGUUAAUGAACAGACACCUCGAGAAGGAGAAGAAGACACAAGCUGCCAAACCAACUGAAAAGUCAGCCUCAGAGCUACUGCGAGAGGAAGGAGUGAGGGAGGUUGGGGAGAGGAAGGAGGGAGUGGCCGGUUCCCGUUCCAGCGUGUCUCCAUUCCAGCCUACCCUGGGCCGGGGACUGGCUCCAGGCUCAGUGGUUGACUUCACCUCUGGACAGAAUCCAGCACAGCUCAAGAACAGACUAGCGGCGGUCAAGAAGCUAAAGGCGGCAGCCAUCCUGAGGAAGAAAGAGAAGAGAGAAAGUGGACCGAAUGAUAUUCUCCAUCGAGUGGAGGAAAAUAGAGAGAAGGAUGCAACUCCAUUCACAGCUGAGGAGAAGAAAGAGGAGGAGGGAGACAAGGAAGAAGGUCCCCUGAAGAAAAGAAGAAAACUGGAUUCUGAUGAAAUCGAUGAAAUCCUCAACGCCAAGUCUUCCCACAACUGGGAGGCUAGAGAGGCAAGUCAUGCAGAGUGGGAGAGAGAGGAGCAGUAUUUCGCACUGCGAGAGAAGAAAGAAAACAUGGAGGAGAAGCUAGGCUCCAUACGGGAGCUCAACGUCUAUGUCUCCCAAUGCAAACAGUGUGGCUACGUGGCAGAGCACGCCAGUGACAUGUGCCAGAAAGAAGGCCACGCCCUCUCUCGAUUCAAGGCCGUGAAGCGAUGUUUCGAGUGUCAGGAAUGCCGAGAGAGGGCUCACACCUACAACGCCAAAUACCCUCCCUUCUCCUGCAGGCAGGCUGGCUUGUUUACUUGUUUACCAAUAGUUGUUUGUUUUCAUGUUCUGUACAUGAAAUGUGGCAGUAAAUCUUACAAACAGACUUCCUUCUUUCGUGGAGUGCCGUCCGUGGGCGGCGGCGGCGGCAUAAGGAUUGUUCCUUACUACCACGCUUCAGUACUGAGUUUAUCGGCAGAACAGGAGACUCUGCUAAAGAAUGUCCUGUUGGAACCUACUCUGUCUUGGUUUGGAGGUGUACUGAAGGUUCAGCGUCCGCUGUCACCACUCGUAUUUGAACGAUCGUGCUCUGAGACUCACAGGUAUGUGGACCGGAGGCGGUACUGCGUGGGGACCUGCUCUACCUCCACCUUGUGCGGGACCACACCCAUUCCCGAGCAACACCUGCUGCCAUGUCGAUCGUGUCAAGGAACUAACUGCAGCGAGGCGGCGGACACACUUUGGCCGUGGCAAGUCGGAGUCCCGGGUGCUGAUCUGGUAGUCUACGUAUCUGUCGUCUCGGACAAUUACAACAAGUGUCGCUAUCAGUCAGUGUACGGUGGUCACUGCCAGCAGGAAAAGAGAUUGGACAGACCAACUGGUGCCUAUCUCGCCAUCUGUCCCACGUUCCUCACUACCUCUCCAGAUGUCUACCACCUCCAGAUUGCCAGUGUUGUACACCACUUGGUUCGCAUUCUGGCAUUCUCAGAGUCUCUGUUCCCGUUCUUCCGUGACGAGGGGGGCACCCCGCGUAACGAGCGGGACCGGGAGGGAUUUCCCCUCCGUCGCCCGACGGGCGAUACUCCAGUGACGGGGUAG